AGGAAAAGAAACAAAGCAAGAAAAAAACUUGACUAGAGCAGCUCGCCCGAGCCCUGAAGGAUCACAGCCGGUUUCCAGUUUCCUAGAGACAGGGAUCCCACCCCAGCACCUCGUCCUCAGGGCCCCCACCCCCCUCCAGGGCUCCGGGGCGUGUUUUGCAAUCUAUGCUAAUAGGGCUGCCCCGCGGGCGGGGCCGGCUGCCCUGACAGCCCGGAGAGAGCCCCCGGGAGCUGGAUGGGCCCUGCCUCCCCGCUGGUGACGGGGUCCCGGUGCUGGUCCAUGCUGGUCCCCGCCUUUGUUCUCGGGCGGGAGCCAGGACAUGCGCGGCUGACGAUGGAAGUGGAGGACUCGGGCGGCGUGGUGCUGACCGCCUACCACUCGUACGCCCGCUCCCAGCCGCCCAGCUCCGAGCCGCGCUGCGCGCCCCGCGCCGCCGCCAGCCACCCGGGCAGCAGAAAAUCCAUUCCUCGCUGCCGAAGAAUUAACAGGAUGCUCUCCAAUGAAUCCCUACACUCUCCUGCGUUCAGCCGCACCAACUCACAAGCCUCCGUGGACAGCGCCUCCAUGGACAGCGCCUCCAUGGAGGAUUUCUGGCGGGAAAUAGAAAGUAUUAAAGAGAACAGCAUGGGAGGGCAGGAAGAGCCGGCGCCAGCUGAGGUCAAGCCUGUGGAUGAAGGAGAACUUGAAGCAGAGUGGUUGCAAGAUGUGGGUUUAUCAACCCUGAUCUCAGGUGAUGAAGAGGAGGAUGGCAAAGCCUUGCUCUCCACAUUGACUCGAACCCAAGCAGCUGCAGUGAAAAAGAGAUAUAAUACUUACACUCAAACCAUGAGAAAAAAGAACAAGCAGUCUAUCAGGGAUGUCAGAGACAUCUUUGGAGUCAGCGAAUCUCCUCCAGAUGCCGCUUCUCUCAACAGUACUACCUUGUCAGAUGGGUCCCAGGAUGAAGAAGGGAAGUUUGCACUUCCCAGGAGUGGCUCUGUGUCUAUCCUCGAGACUAUUCCAGAUAUACCAGUUCAUUCCAAUGGAUCGGCCAGCCCUGGACAGUCAGUUCAGAAUUCCGUGAGUGAUGAUGAUUAUCGGGUAAAGAACAUUCCACCUGAAGCUGAAGAGCUGUCCUUUGAAGUAUCUUACUCAGAAAUGGUUACAGAGGCUCCAAAAAGAAAUAAAUGUAAGAAGUCAGAUUUUAAGAAAGAAGACUAUGUCUUUACUAAAUUUAUUGUUCAGAAAACCAGAUUUGGCUUAACUGAAGCAGGGGAUCUGUCUGCUGAAGACAUGAAGAAAAUCCGCCACCUCUCUCUGAUUGAAUUGACAGCCUUUUUUGAUGCCUUUGGAAUUCCACUGAAGAGAAACAAAACAGAGAAAGUAAAAGGAAGAGACAAUGGGAUUUUUGGAGUUCCACUUACAGUCCUGCUGGAGAGUGACCGGAAGAAGGACCCUGGAGUGAAAGUGCCCCUUGUGUUACAAAAACAAUACCGUGAAGAACUGGAUGCCAAGUUUAAUACUGACAAAUUUAAAUGGGACAAAAUGUGCCAUAGAGAAGCGGCAGUGAUGUUGAAAGCCUUUUUCAGAGAAUUACCCACUUCUCUCUUCCCUGUGGAAUAUAUACCUGCCUUCAUCACUCUAAUGGAAAGAGGGCCUCACAUCAAAGUACAGUUUCAAGCCUUACACCUCAUGGUCAUGGCACUGCCUGAUGCCAACAGGGACACAGCUCAGGCCCUCAUGACAUUCUUCAAUAAAGUGAUUGCCAAUGAAUCAAAGAACCGAAUGAGCAUAUGGAACAUUUCUACCAUAAUGGCACCAAACCUUUUCUUCAGCAGAAGCAAGCAUUCUGACUAUGAAGAAUUACGCUUAGCAAACACUGCAGCCCACAUCAUCCGCCUAAUGCUCAACUACCAGAAAAUUCUGUGGAAGGUCCCAUCUUUCUUAAUCAAUCAAGUCCGAAGAAUGAAUGAAGCCACCAUGUUGUUAAAGAAGCAGCUCCCAAGUGUCAAAAAAUUGCUAAGGAGGAAGACCAUAGAACGAGAGGUUACAAGCCCCAAGACUUCAAAGGUACUACAAAAAUCACCCUCUUUAAGAAGAAUGUCUGAUGUGCCUGAAGGAGUCAUAAGAGUCCAUGCUCCACGUCUUUCGAAGGUUUCCAUGGCCAUUCAGCUCAGUAGUCAAACCAAAGCCAAAGACAUACUGGCAAAAUUUCAGUAUGAGAACAGUCAUGGUUCUUCAGAAUGCAUUAAAAUUCAGAACCAAAGGUUAUAUGAAAUUGGAGGAAAUAUAGGACAGCAUUGCUUGGAUCCAGAUGCUUACAUAUUGGAUGUAUAUCAUGUAAAUCCUCAAGCAGAAUGGGUCAUUAAACCCCAAUCAAGUUUUUGAAAUACCCUCAAGAUGGCAGCUAUUAUGUUUAAUAUGCCAAGAAAAUUCUACAUUAAGUAGGGGGAAAAAAGGCUGCUUUUGACAUGUUUGUUCCUAUAACCCUCGUGGUGUUUCUCAGCUCAAGCGGUGUCUCCCAGCAUUGUCAGCAUGAACUAUGGAAGAGGAUAUGGUUAAUCAUUUGAACUAAAGCUUUCUCAUGACAGUUCCUUGAUAAGAGUGAAAGAAAGAGGUCAUGAUCCUUCUGAAGAAAGACUAAUCGAGAACAGGAAUUCUGAUCAUUUCUAGUACGUUGGCUAUAGCAGAAAUGAACUUGAUCCUUAUCUAGGGAUAAGAAACACUUCUCUAUGUAGCAAAUGCUACCAAACACAAGAGGUGGAAAAAAGACUUUUUUGUACUUAUGCUAUAUAUACAUAUAUUGUCCUGUGUAAGCAAGAAUGCCAGAAAUAUCAGUAACCUCCACUCUAUAAAAUAAUUCAGCUCUACUUUCUAGUGGAAUCAGUUUCUAAAGUUACACAUACACUAUUUAUGCUCUGACUUUCUCCUGAAUUGAAGGAGAAACUUCUGUUUAAAGACACUGUACUAUUAUGUACGUUGUACUGUAUCAUGAUAAUCAGCAUUCUGGUGCAAAUGAACAUUUCUUUUUCUUGGACUGGUGAAAAUUUACAGUUAUAAAGCUUAUUCCCUUAUGAGCACAGGGCCACCUAGGCAAGCUUAGUUUGACAAAGGGUAUUCUUAUGUUUUCAUAACCUUCUGUGUAGUCAAAAGUCACAGAGCCUCUAUUUUUCUCAUCGUGAUUAUGGUGCUCAAUGAAUAGCUUUCCAUGUGCCGGGCAUUGAUUUCCUUUUCUGACCAAACAUAUCACUUUUUAUAUUUUACAACUGUAGAUAGUCACUUCUACAACCCCAGUUUAAAAAUACAGAACUGCCUUUAUCCACGAGUGCUUAAAAAUACCGUUACAUUCAGAUUUUGCAUGCUGUAAAAGCAGGUUUUGUUUCUGUUCAUCAAUCAUAGUCAUGGCCAAGCACUGGGGAUUAGCAUCAGGUUUUAAAAUCAGAUGCAUAUUUUGUAAGCGGAAAACUGUCUCGCUAUCAAGAUCCUGUGGAGCCAUUUUCAGACCUGAAAUUGAUAAGAACACACAGUCCCCAUGAUUGUAAUUGAAAGCAAAUCUAAAAUAUGCAGAAGGGCCAGACUGCUCUGCCUUUCAUCUUGAGAACGCAGAUAUAGUCCUUCUGGGGUGAGCUAGAAAUGGGGCCGCCGUCUCAUUUAUCCCACAUGCUUUGGAUUAGAAUCCACAGAUUGGUAUUUUGUUGACUUUAUAUCAGUUUUAAUGAGCUUUGACACUCAAACGACUCUCUUGCAGUUCAAACAAGAGACAAAAUUGCUCACAAUCACAGAAAACAUAUCUGCUUACCAAGUCUCAAAACAUGCGAUAAUUAAAGACCACAUAUACAAGAAAUUUUUAUAUGCUGCAGUAUGCCUUGAUGUCUAUAAAAACAUUACUUAUAUUCAGCAUGUUGAUAAUUCAGUUUCUGGUCAUUAAGAUUUUGCUAUAUUUUUGUAGAAAACUCAAAUAUCUAUUCAUUUUAUUUGUUUGAGAAUCUCAUUUCCUUUUCCUGAAAACGCAUUAGGAAAGAAACAUGUUCUGUAAGUUUAGACUUACAUUUCAUUAGCUUUCAGUAUGUGGGUAAUUGAUGACAUAUGAGUUUACAUAAUGAAUUUCAAAAGUCUGAAAAAAUGCUUUUAUCAUUUUUUCAAUUUAAACAACAGGAAUAAACAUUUCACUUUAUGUUGUUACUAAGUUCCAAGACAUAAGAUGGCAGUAAUAUAUGCCUACACACAUGGAAGAAACUCUUCAAAUUUACUACCUUACACUUCUAUGUAUAUAUGAAAAUAAUGAUUGAUUUAUCUCACUGUAUUUCUUAUCAUUUAGAAUAAAUUGUUUAUAUAGAAAAUUCAUGAAUCUAUUCAUUCCAUUUUUUUAUUUAGGAGUUUUCAUUUUCUUUUUAUUGAAAAUACAUUAGAACCUAUACAUAAGUUCUAAGGAUUUCAAGAUUUACCUCACUUGUCAUCAGUUUGAAAUAAAUUGCUAGCAGAUGACAGGUAAAAACAAUAAGUUUCUGAAUUUCUUAGCCACUUUGUGUGUUUUCAUAGGUCAGAGACUUAACUGAGUCAAUGACUUUAAUCACUUUAAUGUAUUCAAGGAUGUGUGACACCUUUCAAAUAACUGUAUUAUAUAGAAGGCCAUGUCAAUACCAAUAGCAUUAUCCAAUGAUAACUUUUAUUCUUAGUCAUAGGGUUAACUGAUUAGAGAAGAAUUUUCAGUAGACACACAGACUAAUUUUAUGUAAAUAAAAAGGGGUUUUGUUUUGUUUUUUUUUACUAAUUUUAUCUUUAAAGAAUAAACAAACCCUUACAAUUGAAAUUUAAAAAUGCAUGCCACCUAAGUAUUGAAAAACUAUCUUUGCCUUAUCAAGAGUUGUUUUAAAAUAAUUAUGGCAAUCUGUAAAAAUGAAUAGUAUAUUUGCAAACAAGAGCAGUCAGACUGGGCUUUUAAAUUCUGUUUUUAAUACCUUCCCACCCCACCUCACCCCUACUGCCCUUGGUGUACAGUUAGGAAAAUAAUAUCCAGGAAAGAACAAGAGAAAAUUAACAUUUUAGGAACACUUACUCAUUUAAAAAAAAACAACCUAGAACUGGCUCACUUUUUUAUUCUGCAAAAAAGAAUCCCUUUGCUAAGCAGCUCACUUGGGGAUAUAAUUUUUGGAGUGAAUGACCUUCGAACAAACUGGAAUGUUAAUUUCUUUAUAAUGUAUACACAGUAUAAACUACCUCACUUGCUUUUCUUGGGAAAAAAUUAAUGGACUUUAACAACUUUUGUUACAAACUGUCCCUGAGUCUUAUUUGUCACUUCAGUUAGUUUUCAGUGUACACUUAAUAAUAUACAUUUAAUAAUGUAAAAUAUUCUUAGCAAAAUCUUGAAGCCAAAAAUACUCUGUAACUGUUAUCUGUGGUAUGCUUUGAGAGAGUUCCUGUCCCUUGGUCAUUGUCUUGUGUGUUUAACCAUACUGAGAUGCAGGUUUUCAAGUGUAGGGAUUAAUAGUCAUCUCUUCUUGCAGGCAUUUUUCAACUGCUUUUCCUCUAUCGCAAGUGACUGAAAAGUAGGAUUAGAUUAACAUGACCCUUCUUUUAUCAAGCAUAUUUCAACUAUUUUUCACAAAUGUAUCACAUGCCUGAAAAGACUAUAAAUUGUGGGAUUGAAUAGUUCCUAGUUUCUGAUAGGCAUUUUCAAUUCUUUUCCAUAAAUAUAUCACUUAAUAAAACAUUAUAUAACAUGGAUUGAAAUGUUUCUUUCCAGCAUUUUCAGUAGGUUUACAUACACGUGCGCCUUAACUUUAAAAUAACAUGUUUUCUUUCAGGCAUUUUUCAACUCUUUUCUAAAACUGUGAUUUAAUUGAAAAAUUGUAUGUCACAAGGAAUGCCAAUGUUUUAUGUUGUCUCCCACCUUAAAAGUUAAUGAUUCUUUUGUCCCAUUAGCUUUUAUUGUUCGGUAUAAUAUGUAUGUUGCAUUUUAUUGAUGAAAAUAAAAA